AUGUGUGUCCCUCCCCCCCUCCUUCGCGCACUCGUCCCUCCACUCGUUUACGCUAAGACCCGCCAGCUGAGUCAUCUGCGACAUCUGCGACAUCUGUGUCAGCUGUGUCAGCUGUGUCAGCCGCGUCUGCUGCUCCUACUGCUCCUUCUUCUUUCACUGCUUCUACCCUUGCCGCGCUGCUCUUGCGAGGAGUUUGAAAAGAUAGAAUAUGCCCAGGACCUGACCAAAAUAAAGUACUAUGACUCGAACAGCCAUAUUGACAAGGCGCACCUGUACAAAUACGUGGCGAAGCCGUCCCUGCAGGAUCUCGUAGUGACAGUGAAGAUAGAGAAAAAUGUAGAGCCAGACAACAUUUUAUUUCUCCCCAAGGAGAAGAGCUACCUCAAAAUAACAGGCGAUUGGUCCCAGUACCCAAAGGAGAAAAACGAAGCCAUCUGUUUAGCAUUCGUAUUGAAGAAAGAUUUAGUAAAAAAUGAUAAGGAAAAAUGUCCCACUAACAUCUUUUCAUCAGAAAAUGUAUACAAAGUAUGCUACAAGGAGAAUAAUUACUCUAUUAGAAAUUUAUUUUUAUACCUAGAAAUUUCACAGGCAUAUUUGGAGAAGCUCUUUCUCUCCUUCAACAUCCCAGUGGUAGUCAACACAGAAAAUACAGUCGUAUAUUUUACGAAUAAUAAAAAGAAAUCCAAAGAUGAGAAACCCCCGUUAGAUUUACACAUCUGCUACAAGUCAAGUGAAGAAAAUGCAUACUACUUAGGAAAAGUUAUUUUUAAUUCGUACCCCAUGAAGGUAGAGAGAAACAUUAACGAUUACGAUGUUAUUUACACGAAAUCUUUUUUAACAUCCAAUUGGGAAUACCAAAUGGUUAUCAAAGGGGAAUAUAUAACCUGGUACAAUCGAGUCGUUUUUGUGAGAUUUGCUCGAGAUGUGGAUGAUAAGGAGAAGAGGUGUCCUCCCUUUUGGAACUAUGCCAUUCUUGGAGCAGGGGCUAUCAAUAAAAUGAAAAAAACAGAUAAAUCUAGCUUGACGAAAAAUGUUGUGCAGUAUUUUUUUUCCAGUGAUGAUGAUACUUCCUCAACUAGCUAUUACAUCCCUUUUAUAAAAAGCGAUGAUUUACAAACGAAUGAGAAUUACCUAAUUUGUUUAUACUCGGAUGAAAAUGAUUUUCACGGUAUGGAACUUACCAAUGCUCAUUUUUAUAUUAACACCACUGAUUCGAUCAUUUUGAUAUUCCUCAUCAUUUUUGUCAUCGUCUUUUUGCCUCUCCUCUUUUCGCUUACCUACCUGUGCGUCCUCUUCAAGAUGAACGCGCUCAAGGUCAAGAUGCAGAAGCUGCAGCUGCUCAACCGGAAGGACGAAAUUGAGGACCGCCUCAAGCGGGAGUUAAACCUGGAUCAGUACGAGUGCAUUUAG